GGGCGCUAUGAAGAAACUUCAGCACACUGCACCACCAUCUCAGUACAGCUUGCAUGCUGCAUGCGAAACACCUUUUACUCGAACCAUCACAAGAACUGUUGCGGGUUUGCACUUGACAGUGGGAUGUAACACUGUACAAAAAGGCCUUCAUCAAGUUUUGACCUCACUUCAUCCAGUAUGUUCUCAUUUGACGUACUCUACGGGGCCAACACGGCAGCUAGCAGGAUGUUUGGAGCUCGUGAUGGCGUCCCUUCCCUCCUCGAUCGCUGUGCCAGGUUCAUCGUAACCUCCUGGCAGGUUACGCGGUCCACACUGAAUAUCCUGCCCCACGACCUUUACGAGGUGCUCCUGGGCGAGGCAUGCCAGGCCCUCCUGUCGCACCGGUCAGGGUCGCCGGGCCUGUUCCUGACGUACCUCGUCCAGAGGUGGCCCAGCCCCGUCUUGCGGCCGGGAAAUACAAUUUCAAGAUACAGGCUGGACAUGCAAAGCCACAAGAAGACUUGGGAGCUCGUCAUGCACAUUGUGAAUGGCAUGUGUCAACCCGAUGAUCAGUGCAAACUCACACUAUUGGACCUGUCAGAUAUACCAAUUAAUGGCAGUACGUGCCUCAAUGUUCUUCAAAAGAUUUUUGCAUCGCUCAACAGCAGGAGCCUGACUGUCGUCAUGGACUUGUCCCUAGACUCUGAAAAUUACCACCCAGUCAGGCGCUUGCUCAGAGAAGUACGUCAUUCCAAAGUUGGCAGCUUGAAGGUGCUGUGUCGCAGGCUGGUCUUGAACUCCUUAGGAAAGGACAGGCUGCUUAAAGUGCUCAGUGGUGAAGAACCAGAGCUCAUUGUUGCCUUAAAUUUGGAGAUGAACCCUCUUGAAAACCAGGGGCUCGCAGCUGUUCUACCCUCCUUGGUCAAGUUCCCUAACCUUCAGGCCUUAAAUUUAUCAUACAACCUGAUCAUCACAACCAAGGACCAGACUACGGGGCCAAUGGUUGCGCAGGCAUUUUCCAACUUGAAGCAGUUGCGGAGAUUGAGUCUCAGCCACAACAUCCUCACUGGAUCUCUCAGAACACUUUUGGAACCACUCGCCCAACCUCUACAAGCCCUUUACAUCUGUGAGUGCAAGCUGUCGUCCUCAGAUCUCGCCUAUCUGGCCAACUCCCGUCACGCCAGGAGCCUGCAGGAGCUGGAUCUGGGCUUCAACAACCUCAAGCAGGAAGCCAUCAAUUUGGAAAAGCUCCUUGAUGCAGCGGGGGACACGCUCCGUUACCUCAGCCUGGACAACACCCGUCUGAACCAGACAAACUCCCCAGUGAAGCUGUGGGCUCGUCUGAGUCGACGUCUCCGCAAACUGGUGGCAGUGUCAAUGAGGGGCAAUGAUUUCUCCCCCGAGGACCAAGUGGCCGUUUUAAAAAACCUUGCCAAAAAUGGCCACUCAGUGGUGUACAUUGGAGUCUGCAUGGUGUACGAGCCUGACAUAGAUGAUUUCUUCAUGGACAAGUGGGAUGUCGGCAACGAUCGGGUGACGCAGUUCUUCGAGCUUUACAAUGCAUGUGGUGAGCCCGAGGAACCAGACAUGUCACUGAGCAAAAACAAGACACGUAGUGUCAUUGUCCAUGAUCUUGAUGUUGUCAACAAGCGGGAUGCCUUAAUAUUCAUUCACAAUCUUGAGGAAGAGUGCAAUCCUUAAACAGAUGAGGUCAAAAUUACCUAAUUAUUAUACCCUAUGCAGUUUUUCUGUAUGAAAUGAAUGCACAGCUGUGUACACCUUUUUACAAAAUCCUUGAGACUCCACAAAUUACCUUAUCAUAACUGGGACCUUGUACUACCGCUUUUGAAAGCAAAGAAUACAGAGACUCUGUGAUCUCAAAUUUAUCUUGUGAGCAAGGUGUUGUAUCAACAGUAAAUUACUAUCAGUGUUCGACUGUGUAGUGUUUCUAAUUUCAUUACUGUUGAGUUUGGGACAAAUUGGGCUUGAAAAAUUGAAUUCUAAAACUGUGCUUAUCAAGAAUUUUUGUGGUGUUGAAUGUAAUUAGAAGCUCCAGGCUUGGGUUGGUCUGUUUUUAGGUUUUUUUAAAUCUUUUGUUUUACGGUUGAACAGGUACAUGUAUUAACAAUUUCAAUUUUGUAGAAGUUUGCAGUCUCUUGAAAUGUAUGGACUAAAGGCCAACGUGGCAAGAAUGAGGGUACAUAAUUAUCUAUUUAUUAUUAAGCACUGUGGCCAAGUAUAUCAUAAGCCAUCCAGUUUCAAGUUCAUCACACGCUACAUACAUUUAAAAAGACCCGUGACAAAAGCAUUCCCUUGUCAUUGUUCAAGGUGGUGCUUGGGACAAGUUGUCUUACUGAAGACUUGUAGCUAGACUUGUGAGGGACCCAGCUACAGUGCUGAUCAUUAGCGUUGCAAGUUUGCACCCCUGCCCCUGGAGUGCCAUUCACUAUAGAGGCUUUGCGUGGUAGCCAUCUUGCUGGGCAGUUUUGUUCUACACGGGAAACCUUUGUGCAUACCCCGUGGAAUAAAAGUGCUGGCCCACAAGAUGGCAGCCAUGCAAGCCUUCAACAAGGGAUUACUUUGAAUGUUGUUCAUGUUAAAUCUGAUCUUCAACGAGUACACAGGAACGUGCAUUUGCCAUGUUUACAAACUUGUUUCUCUGUGUUUGUUUAUUAAACAGACUGACACUAGAUCAGGUAUUCUAUCUCUGCAGACAUAUCUUUAUUUCUAAUUGCAGGGCAUCAAACAUAAGUUAUCAAACAGACCAUAACUUCCAUUUUAGGUAAAUACUGCAGAAGUUGUGUAUGUUCCACUAAAUGUACAUAUAAAAGCAACAUUUUUCUCGGGAGUCUCCCUUUGUAGUUAAUGUAAAGAUGACCAGCUUGAUGAUAAUGUUCCUCUACUGUCAUUAGGGCAAUGAUUAAUUGCAUUUCUUUUAGAUACUUGUGUUGAUAUAAGAAAUGACACAGACUAGAGCUAAACUUCUGCAUUAAAAAAACCAAACCGUGGUGAAUAAACCUUA